GACGUGCCUUGACCAGCCAGGCUGGCGCGACAGUUGUGUUGGCGAGCAAAGGAGACACAGUGUAGAGGAGCUGGCACCGGCGCGGGCGCGCUACCGGCCAGACGGCGAGCGUCAAAUUGGGGGGACCUGACCCAUGCAGGUCCCGACGAGUCUGUGCGCGGUCCGGCCCGGCUCGAGGUCGUCACGAACAACUUGGGAGACGGGAUUAAUCGCGCGGGCGGGUUGAUAUUAAGACGGGGGCAGAUGCUGGAGCCGCCACGACCUCGAUAUGUUUGCAAAGUGGAGUAAGUCAACAAGGACGAGCGCAGACCUGCCCUUGCGUCGGAGUGAUUAAACGCACCAACGCGAAGCAGCGAGGGACUGGCCGGGCGGGCCACGGGCAAGGACCAGAGCAACAGUACGUCACGAGCCGAACGUGAGCCAACAACGUCCGAUACCGCAUAGAAAAGCGCCCGCGCCCCGGGGUCAUGAAUGGGAGCGUCGCGUGCGAGCCCGGGGCAGCGAUUCUGCUCGGUGCUGGUGUCCAUGGACAAAUGGGGAAGCAAUCAGAGGAGAGCACGGGUCUAGACAACGUGACGUCUGAGGACAGGUUGCAAACACUUGGCUCAGUCUAGACGAGAGAAGACUGGGUGGGGGGAUCGGAUAGAAGCAAGAUACAUUUAGGUACAUCUUUUACUGGACUAACUACAGCUGGGAGAGACGUUAGCCAAGUGUCGGGCACAAAACGCCCUUUCCCGGUGUGCUCAAACAAGCGGGCACGGCCAGAGUUAAAUGCCAGGUAGAACAAUAUGACGUGUUUUAUCCCAUGGGGAGUCUGAUAAGUCUUCAAACACAGACCGGGUUUGUUUGACCAGGGCAACGGUUCCCUGCUUUGUGUCCACGAGGGCUGGAGGAGAAGUGACUGCAGCCGGGCAGGCCAAGGUUGGAUACGAGGAAGGACUUUCUCCCCCUGAAGAUGGUUCUGCGCUGGGGCAGGUGCCCGGACUGGUGACGAAAGCUCGGUCACUAAGUGCAGAUUGGACAAUCCUCCGUCUGGUUCAGAUGGUGCUGGCCCUGCCUGGAGCAGGGGGUUGGACUAGGUGCCUCCCUCAGCCAGGUUUCUUUGGACUCUGUGACCUCCAAGGGCACUUCUGUUUUUAGCAUUUCCUGAAGUGGCUGCCCUUUGCCUGGGUCUCAGAGAGCACUGCAGAGCCCAGGGAGUUAGACAGAAGAACUGCUUAGCAGUUCAGCUGAAACUGCCUUCGCUGCUGCUGACGCACACCCCUGAGCGCUCCCAAAUUCCACGCACCGCAGCUGUGGUGCACAGCAGGGGGGUUUUGGCUGGCCCUGUGAAACAUUUGCCCCACUUUCCAAGAGUGGGCGCAUACGCCCCUGCUGUCUGCCCUCUGCCCCUCUUAGCCCUGGGCUGUCCUGCAGCGUGCGUGCAUGGGCUGGCUGCUGCACCUUCCACCUCAGAGGGUUCUGCUAUUCGCAAGGGUAGGGAGCUCCGCACAGAGGGGAGGCAUGUGGCAGGGCUUCGGAGGAGCCCGUCAUCCUGAAAAACACCCCUCGGCUGAAUGGAGGCUGCGUCUGCCUGUGCGUGCCUGGCUCAGUGAGCGGUUCGCAGCCCUUCCCUGGUGACUGGGCAGUGCAAGUGCGUCUUGCUGAUUAGGCCUCAGAAGCAGCAGGCAAGGGAGAGCAGAUGGAAGCUCCCUGUUGGCUGGUGCCAGGAGGUACAUGGUCUUGGGAGAUCUACUUCUUUGGAGGGGUGCUAGAAACAAUCCACUGGGAGGAGAGUGACAGGUUCACAAGGAUGCCCAGGCCCAGGCGCUGCCCUGGUGCCAGUGCUCUGUGAAGCUUGGAUGCGCUCGAACAGGGGGAAGGGGUAGCAAUGCUCCUGCUGUAGCCAGAACUGUCUUCAUGCUGCCCCCCACCCUUGCCCAAGUUAUCCUGUGGGCUUGACCUGCUCUGUCUCCCCCUCAGCAUCCCCUGCCUGAAGGCGCUGGGCAGGCCGCGUGUCCACGUCACUGCAGCGAUGCAUCCAGCCCCACGCAAGGACCAAAGAGCUCCUUGCCACCAGUCAAGACCAAGCAUCGACUUGUCGGAGCACGGGAAGAGGCAAGUCUGAGUCCUUAGCAUCAGCUAGACCCUGUCGCCCCUCCCUGAGAAGUGGCGCUGUCUCCCGGCACCAUGAUCCGCCGACUGCUGGACCGGCCAUGCACCCUGGCCCUACUCAUAGGAUUCCAGUUUGCCUUCAUGGCCUACUUCUCGCUGGGCGGUUUCCGGAACUUGACCUCCAUCUUUGGGCGCGAGUCCAUCCCCGUCUUCGACUACUCCCGCACUCGUGACGUGUACACCAACCUGAGCCGCCUGCUGCCCCCACGUGGCACCCCACCAGGACCCCUGCCCUACUGCCCAGAGCGCUCGCCCUACCUCAUUGGCCCCCUGACCGUGAGCUUCAGCCAGGUACCAACCCUGGAGCAGAUCCAGGCAAAGAACCCUGCGGUGAGUGUAGGGGGGCGGUACCGGCCCCUGACCUGCGAGCCACGGUCCCACACGGCCAUCAUUGUCCCACACCGCAACCGGGAGAUGCAUCUGGGCCACCUGCUGUACUACCUACACCCCUUCCUGCAGCGCCAGCAGCUGCACUAUGGCAUCUACGUCAUCCACCAGGCUGGAAAUUCCACUUUCAACCGGGCCAAGCUGCUGAAUGUGGGGGUGAAGGAGGCCCUGAAGGACGAAGAGUGGGACUGCCUCUUCCUGCAUGACGUGGACCUCAUCCCUGAGAAUGACCACAACCUCUACACCUGCGACCUCUGGAGCCCCAAGCACGUCUCUGUCGCCAUGAACAAGUUUGGCUACAGCCUCCCAUACCCCCAGUACUUUGGUGGGGUGUCAGCCCUGACCCCGGACCAGUACAUGAAGAUCAACGGCUUCCCCAACGAGUACUGGGGCUGGGGCGGGGAGGACGACGACAUUGCCACUCGGGUGCGUCUGGCCGGCAUGAAGAUCUCGCGUCCACCCGUCUCCAUUGGCCACUACAAGAUGGUGAAACACAAGGGAGACAAGGGCAAUGAGGAGAAUCCCCACAGAUUUGACCUGCUGAUCCGGACACAGCACAUGUGGACACAGGAUGGCAUGAACUCGCUCAGCUACAUGCUGCUGGCCAAGGAGCUGCAGCCCCUCUACACCAACAUCACUGUGGACAUCGGGGUCAACCCGCGGCCCCUCAAGGGCCGCAAGGGGCCUGGACCACAGCCUGGCUUCGACAGGCAGAAGCACAAGAGCAGCUCGAACCACGAGUUCAGGCAGGAGAUGUUGCGCACGCUGCCCCGGGCCACAGCAGGCUGGGGGGAACGGCUGACCCCUGUGCGCAAGGGGGUGGGGACAGGUGCCAGCCAGAGGGUACCCCUAGCUCCUGAGACACAGAGCCAGGAGCCUGGAGCUGCUGCAGGCCAACUUGGAGGCAAGGAGGGGGCUCUACAGAAUGGCAGCCAGGCACAGGCCAGAGGGGGAGUUGCAGACAACCCUAGGCCUCAGCAGGGAGAAGGAGCCCCUGCCCUUGGCAAGGCUGCUCAGCGCAGACCCAACCUGCCCCUGCAUGGCCCAGAGGCCUCUGGGAAAGGGAAAGGGAAGCUGGACUUAGGGGACAGUCACCCAGAGACAGACAGGGGUAGAAUGCCCCUGGACCUGGUGCCAGCCAGGAUCCUCCAGGCUCCCCGGAGCCAGGGGGACAAUCAGACGAUAUUGCCCAAUGCACGCUAGGCAGUAGCUGCCCAUGUGUGCUGGCAGGUGGGAGCUGUGUUUUCAGGGACUUGCUCCCUCAGCUGGCUCCUCUGGGGAGUCUUGGUAGCCCCACCUGGGUGCUAUCCCUGGGCCUAAGUCAGCCCUCAAGGCUGGCUGCUUGGGGCUCUUCCCUGGGCCAGCAGCAGGGAGCCAGCAUUGCAGGUGCCAGCAGGCCACAGGACUGGACCAAGGCCUCCAGCUGUGACCCUGCUGUUCUGGCCCCCAGGCCUGGGCCUUCCUGCACCAGGGUUGCCCAGGCUUGUGUGCUGGCUGUGAUCCCUCUGAUGGGAACCUUCCCCUGCCAACCUGACUGCGCAAGGCUGGGCCCUGUCUGGGAAGCCCGAUCUCACAACUGAGGGUUGUGCUGUCCCAAGAUGCCCCGAGGUAGUACCCUGUCUAGGUACACAAGUGGGGUGCGGGGGAGGUAGGUCAGUGGUGGGUGUCCCUGUGGGAAUCUGCUCUUCCAGCAUCCCAACGCAGGUCUGGGGAGAGCUGCAGCAGAGCAAGCUCUGCCCAGCAGCUGGGUCAUGAGCCAUGCUGUGCCCAAGCUGCUGCAGAGCAGCUGUAGCAGGCAACAGUAGAGGAUAGGAUUGCCCCUGCCUUAGAGUUGACCUCCCUGCCCUGACUCCCACUUUCCCUUCAGCUCAGCACCUGCUGCCUUGCAGUGCUGUAGCUGGGGCUGGGCUGACCUAACAUUGGAGCCAGAACCCCAAGCCUUGUGCUGCUCCUCAUAGCCUGCUGUCUGCUCUGCCUGCCUCUCCUCCCAUGGUGCCUGCUGGGGCAAGUGCCAUAUGGGUCAGGGCUGCCUGGCAAGAGACCCUACCCCUGCUGCCUGGAGUCCUGCCUGCACCCCUACUGCAGGGCCAGCCACAGAACAGCCUGCCCCCAGGGGAGGGGAGCACCCCUCAUCAGGGCAGGUGUCUGCCUUGCAUAGCAUCUGUUCCAAGCAGUUCUGCAGCACAGGGCAGUGCCAGUCUUGUCCUGGAGCCACAGGCCCAGUGCAUGCAUGGAGCUGGCCAGAGCUACCUGGGCACUUGCAGGGGUGGGGAGGUUCCUCUUGCCACAGGUAACCACCUCUAGGGGGCAGAAUUAAGUGUGUGCUGGUCCCCCUGGGCCUGCAUGAGGUCAACCAGUCCUUGACAUGGGAGCUGGGCUGGGGCAGUAGUAGCUUUCCUCCAGAAGCCCUAAAGCUGGUGCUUCCCAGUGAGCAGAGCCAGCGCCUCGCGCUGCUCCCAGCCUGUGCCUGCCUCCGGGCCCCACACUUGUGGGUGCUGUUACAUUGGACCCGGUCCCCCCCAUAGCCGCUCGCAUCCAGUCCCAGGCCCCGCGUGCGACUAUUUAUUUUAUUUAUGAACAAUCGGCUGCAGCAGCACUGGGGGUUUGUUAGGGUUUUUCAAUAAAAACUUUGUCUUGCA